CAAUGGCUAAACGUACUCUACGAAUCAUGGACCCAGAUGACGAGAGUCCAACACCGAAUCGAUCGGGCGAAGCGUCCACUCGUGGCACCAAUGGUCGUCACGAAAACCGCCACCACUCAGACGAGGAGGACGAGGAGGCUGAAUUGUCUGCUGAGGAUGACGCGGAUGAUGAACCAUCUGGUGGUCCUCGUAGAAAGAAACGACGAGGAGACUCAGAACAAGUCACCACAAACGGUCGUGGUAACAAAGGCAAAAGUCGAGCUUCUACCCAGCGUGCUGAUACUGUUGGUCUCAGCGAUGAUGUCGGUUCUGAUGAAGACGGACAACUUGAGACGGUAGAAGAAGCAUCCUAUGCAGUGCGCCAUCCAGAUGGGUUUUUGCCCGGUUCGAUUGUACGGCUUUCAGCCACCAAUUUCAUGACCUACACCGAAGUCGAAUUCCAUUUCGGUUCUCAUCUAAACAUGAUCAUCGGACCCAACGGUACAGGCAAGAGCGCUUUUAUGUGCGCUCUGGCUCUAGGACUAGGUUACUCGCCUGCAACAGUUUUGCAGCGUGUGAAUGAAGUAAAACUGUAUGUCAAAAAUGGUACCAAUGAAGGCUCAGUCGAAAUCGAACUCAAAGGAAAACCGGGAGAAGAAAAUAUAGUGAUUAAACUUCACCUUAAUGUUGAAACAAGUUCCAGGGUUUUUGAGAUCAAUGGUAAACGUUCAACCCAUACCAAGGUUCAAGAAAUUAUCCGAUCGUUUAACAUACAGGUGGACAACCUUUGUUGUUUUAUUCCUCAGGAAAGGUUGAGAGAAUUUGCUGCCAUGGAUCCUAUCCACACCUUGAAAGCCACGGAAAAAUGUGCAGGUCAUUCUGGUUUGGUUCCAUGGCACGAUGUGCUGAUUGAGAAAGGUCGCAAGAAGAUUAGUGAAGAAGCGCAAUUGGAAAGGCUACAAGAAGAUAAGCAGCAUCAUGAUAAACGAUUGCAAAACAUGAAAAGGGAUGUCGAGAUUUUGUUAGAGCGCCAGGCGCACCAAGCUCGGGUAAGCCAUGCUGUGGUCCGUUCAGGUGUUAUGUCUCCUAUUGAUUUUUUUCACUUGAGUAGAUCAAAGUUUUCGAGUAUGCUAUACGUCAACGCCAAUACGGAACCAUGA